UGGAAAAUGGUUUGACAGUUUCUUUAAAAGUUGAACAUAAAUUUAUUUGCCCUGUCUAUUCCAAUUCUAGAUAUAGACCCAACAAAAAUGAAAACCUCUGUCAGCCAAAGACUUACAUUCAAAUGUUCAAAGCAGUGAUGCAUAAUAGCCAAAAUGUGGAAAUAACCCAAAUGUCCAUCAGCUGGUGAAUGGAUAAACAAAAUGAAAUACUGUUCAGUAAUUAAAAGCAAUGAGCUGGGCCAAGAUGGCAGUGCAGGUGGUGCAGGCGGUGCAGGCAGUUCAUCUCGAGUCUGACGCUUUCCUCGUUUGUCUCAACCAUGCUCUGAGCACAGAGAAGGAGGAAGUGAUGGGGCUGUGCAUAGGGGAGUUGAACGAUGAUAUAAGGAGUGACUCCAAAUUUGCAUAUACUGGAACUGAAAUGCUCACAGUUGCUGAAAAGGUUGAUGCCAUCAGAAUUGUUCACAUUCAUUCUCUCAUCAUCUUACGAUGUUCUGAUAAGAGGAAGGACCAAGUAGAAAUUUCUCCAGGGCAGGUGUCUGCAGCUUCAACAGAGGCAGAGAGGUUGGCUGAACUGACAGGCCGCCGCAUGAGAGUUGUGGGCUGGUAUCAUUCCCAUCCUCAUAUAACUGUUUGGCUUUCACACGUUGAUGUUCGCACACAAGCCAUGUACCAGAUGAUGGAUCAAGGCUUUGUAGGACUUAUUUUUUCCUGUUUCAUAGAAGGUAAGAACACAAGCACUGGCCGGGUACUCUACGCUUGCUUCCAAUCCAUACAGGCCCAAAAGAGUUCAGAGUCCCUUCAUGGUCCACAAGACUUCUGGAGCUCCAGCCAGCACAUCUCCAUUGAGGGCCAGAAGGAAGAGGAAAGGUAUGAGAGAAUCAAAAUCCCAAUCCAUAUUGUACCUCAUGUCACUAUCAGGAAAGUGUGCCUUGAAUCAGCAGUAGAGCUGCCCAAGAUCCUGUGCCAGGAGGAGCAGGAUGCAUAUUGGAGGAUCCACAGCCUUACACAUCCGGACUCAGUAACCAAGAUCCAUAAUGGCUCAGUGUUUACCAAGAAUCUGUGCAGUCAGAUGUCGGCAGUCAGCGGGCCUCUUCUACAGUGGUUGAAGGACAGACUGGAGCAAAACCAACAGCAUUUGCAGGAAUUGCAACAAGAAAAGGAAGAGCUUAUGCAAGAACUUUCUUCUCUAGAAUAAAGCAGGAGACAAAAUGGAGAAAGAUGAAAAUAUCCAGUGUGAAGUUACUUAAGCUAAAUCAGUUUUGAAGAGGAAAAACUUGGAGGACUCACAUUACCUGACUUCAAGACUUACUAUAAAGCUGUAGUAAUCAAGAUAGAUGGUAUUGGCAGAGGAACAGACACAUAGAUCAAUGGAACAGAUGAGAGAACCCAGAAAUAAAUCCAUAUAAAUAUGCUCAACUGAUUUUGAAAAAGUGCAAAAGCAAUUCAAUGGAGGAAGAAUAGCCUUUCUGACAAAUUAUGCUGGAGCAAUUAGACACCCAUAGCGAGGAGAAAAAAGAACCUCUACUUAAACCUUACAUCUUAUAUAAAAUUUAACUCAAAAUGUAUAAUGGACUUAAAUGCAAUACAUAAAACUAUAUAACUUUGAAAAAAGCCACAGGAGAAAAAUCUUCAGGAUCUUGGGCUAGGUGACAAGUUCUUGGACUUUGCCCCAAAAGCAUAUCCAUAAAAGAUAAAAACUGGUAUAUUGGACUUCUUCAAAAUUUAAAAUCUUGUGAUUUAAGAAGAGGAAAAGAUAAGCUACAGAUUGAGGUGAAUUUGCAAACUAUAUAUCUGAUCAAUUUGGAAUAUAUAAAGUGUGCUAAAAACUCAACUGAAGUCAGGCAUGGUAGCUCAUGCUUGUAAUCUCACCACUUUGGGAGGCCAAGAUGGGAGGCUUGAGGUUAGGGGUUCCAGACCAACCUGGGCAACAUAGUGAGACUGUCUCUACAAAAAAAUUUUUUUUAAAGAUUAGCUGGGCACCGUCCCAGCUACUAGGGAGGCAGGAGGAUCACUUGAGCCCAGGAGUUUGAGGCUGCAGUGAGCUAUGAUCACACCACCACACUCCAACCUGUGUAACAGAAUGAGGCCUUGUCUCAAAAAAAAAAGGCCACAAAAACUCAACAAUAAAAACAAACAGUCCAAUUAGAAAAUGGGCAAAAGACAUGAAUAAAUGUUUCACUGAAGAGGAUCUAUAGAUGGCAAGUAAGCAUAUGAAAAGCCGUUAAACUCCAUAAGUCACCAGGGAAUGCAAAUUGAAACCACAGUGAGGCUAUGACUUACUUAUCUGAAUGGCUAAAGAAAAAAUAGUGAAAAUACCAAAUACUAAUGAGGAUACAAACUGGAUAUUUUAUACAUUGUUGACAGGAAUGUAAAAUGGUACAGCCACUCUGGAAAAGAGUUUAUAAAUUUCUUAUCAAGUUAAACAUAAUUUUUUAAUCAUGGUUAAACAAACCAUCCAUAACUUGGAAUACUACUCUGGAAUGAAAAGGAACUAACUGUUGAUACAAGAACCUGGUUGUACCUCAGGGGUAUUAUGGUGACCAAAAAAGCCAGUCUCAAAUGGUCACAUACUGUAUGAUUGCAUUUAUAUAACAUUCUUGAGGUGACAAAAUUAUUGAAAUGAAGAACAGAUUAAUGGUUGCCAGGGAUAGGGACUGGAGGAGGUGUGGGGUAUGUAUGACUAUAAAGGGAUGACUCAAGGAGUUCCUUUGUGCUGAUGGAACAGUUCUAUAUGAUUAUGAUGAUUAUGAUGUUGAUUAUAACAUUUGAUUAUGAAGUUAAGCAUGUGAGUCUUGACCUCUGCUGAAGUUGUAUGGACCUACAUACACACAAAUGAAUGCAUGUAAAAUCUGGUGAUACUGAAUAAAGUCUGUAGUCUAGAUAGCAAAAAAUAAAAAUAAAAAAUAAAAAAUAAGCAAUGCGCUAUUGAU